CAGGCAUCGAAAAUUGUAUUGAAAUUGACAAAACCAGCAGUGAGCCACUUACUAAUGCUAACAAACUCCCUAGUUUCUGACUCCUCCAUGUCCAGCUGCAGGUUCCAAUGCCGCCUCAACCGCCAUCAUUCGGGUCACAGGAAUAUUGGGAUACAAGGUUCACCUCUAAUUCGAAUCCAUUUGAAUGGCUUGAGGCCCCGACGGCAUUGGAUUCCUACCUGGUAGAAGCGUUGAGGAGCACAGAAGACGAAAGUCCACAGAUCUUGCAUAUCGGAUGCGGUACAUCACUGUUGUCCUACCACCUUCGCGCACAUGUCGACAAUCCGGAACUGAUACAUAAUUUGGACUACUCCGAUGUUGCCAUCAAAGUAGGAAAACAAAGAGAGAUUGACAUAUAUGAAGGCGAAGUCGUUCAAUCACCCGCAAACCGUGACAUGAGGUAUAUGCGCUGGUCAACCGCAGACUUACUAUCCCACUCCUCACUCCUCCACGUCUGCAACCCUAACACAUAUUAUGUGAUCGUCGACAAGUCCACAUCCGACUCUAUAGCAUGUUCCGAGGACGUGUAUGUACCACUUCCAUACCCUAUCGGCACUACGUCUGAUAUCUCUACGUCGCCAGUGGCCGAAUCACCUGAACCGAUCCAUCCUUUACAUAUCCUGGCCAUCCAUCUGGCGCUGGUCACCAAACCGGGCGCCUACUGGAUCUCGUUAUCCUACUCGGAGGACCGAUUUCCCUUCUUGCCGCACCCAUCAGCUCAUGCUUCCGCUACCCACCAUGACCUAAUCGACAAUGGAUUUCCGGAUCCUGGUCAGCUAUGGAGGUUGGAGGCCAGGCAUGAAAUCGAGGUCCUGCAGUCGCCCACUGGAGACGCAGCAGAUAAAGUUGUGCAUAGACCUAGGGUCGUGCACUGGGUUUACGUUCUUCGAAGGACAGACGUGGAGGUUUUCGUGAGGGAUCCAUAA